GAUUUUUUGCUCCAGCAUUAUGUCGUUUUUUUUAUUACCUACCUUUUUUUAUUACCUACAUACCUAUUAACCUAUUAACUUAGUUGUACAACUACAGUCCGUAUUUUCGUUGGUGGAAAGGAACCAUACAGUACGGGUGCUAUAUGCAGAACUCACACAGGGCUGAACCAGAGAUGAAGAUGUUCUCAGUCUCCCACAAGACGCGCCUUCGUGGUCGACCACUGCCUUACAUGGCAGAGUCCAGUCGGCAGCAGGUGGAGUGUGACGUGCACAAAAGCCGUGGCCAGGGCAUGAUCCCGCUGGCCCCAGUGUCCAUCCUGUGGACCUGUGCUGUGGAGUGCUCCAUGGAGUACUGCCGCAUCCUCUACGACGUUUACCCCCUCAAGAAACUGAUCAACUACAUUGUGAGUGAUUCAGAGUUCCACAUUCUGAACAGCUGGAGGCAAGAGGACCAAAGCACUCAUGAGCUCAUGUCUGCUCUGGCAGCUGUGGGUCCACCUAACCCGCAGGAGGACCCUGAGUGUUGCAGCGUCCUGCACGGCCUGGUGGCAGCGGUGGAGUCACUGUGUAAGAUCACUGAGUACCAGCACGAGGCACGCACCACCCUCAUGGACACGGCUGACAGGGUGGCCAACAGGGGGCGCAUUAUCUGCCUCACAAACGCCAAGAGUGACACCCAUGUGCGAAUGCUGGAGGACUGUGUGCAAGAGACCAUUCUAGAGCAAAACAAAAUGGCAGCAGGCUCAGACAGACUGAUGCCUAUCCAGCAGUGUGAGCUGGUGCUCGUCCACAUCUUCCCUCAAGGAGAGGACACCCUGGUCUCAGACCGGCCAAAGAAAGAGGUCUCCUCUCUGCUGACCAGCGAGGUUCACAGUGUGCGGGCAGGGAGGCACCUGGCCACCAAACUCAACAUUCUAGUGCAGCAGCACUUUGACCUUGCCUCCACCACCAUCACCAACAUCCCAAUGAAGGAGGAGCAGCACGCCAACACAUCGGCCAAUUACGACGUAGAACUCCUACAUCACAGGGACGCCCAUCUUGAGUUCUUCAAAAGUGGCGACCUGCACAUGGCUGGUAGUACGAGUCGAGACAGUGGACUUAAGGAGACGGUUACUCUUAAGUGGUGCACUCCUCGCACCAACAGUGUAGAACUGCACUACUGCACUGGAGCCUAUCGGAUGACUUUGGAGAGUUCAUGAGGGAGAACCGUCUGACUCCUGUCCCAGAGUCCCCAGACGCUGAGGCUAGUGGGAAGCCCCCGGCGGAGAGGGCCAAAGCCCAGCUAGAGCGUUACACUCGCUAUUGGCCAAUGAUCAUUUCCCAGACCACCAUCUUCAACAUGCAGGCGGUGGUUCCGCUGGCUAAUCUCAUAGUGAAGGAGAGUCUGAGUGAGGAGGACUUGCUGACCUGCCAGAAGACCGUUUACAACCUGGUGGAUAUGGAGAGGAAGAACGACCCUCUUCCCAUCUCCACUGUGGGCUCCAGGGGAAAGGGCCCUAAAAGGGAUGAGCAGUACCGCAUCAUGUGGAACGAGCUGGAGACUCUGGUGAAGACCCACGUGGCUGGCAGUGAGCGACACCAGAGGGUUCUGGACUGCAUCAUCGCCUGCCGCAGCAAACCCCCCGAGGAGGAUGAGAGGAAGAAACGGGGGAGGAAGAGGGAGGACAAGGAGGACAAGGCAGAGAAGAACAUCAACAAGGAUUCAGAGGACAAGAGCUGGCAGGAGUCAGAGAGGCUGAAGGGGGUGGUAGAGCGUGGAAAGGAGGAGCAGGGGGAGUCGGAGGUCAUAAAGGAUUCUCCUGACUCGCCAGAGCCUCUCAACAAGAAGCCCCGUCUGGAAGAGAUUCAACUACCUGAAAAAGCCAAAGGUCCGGUGUCCCUGCUCACCAUGUGGACUAACAGAAUCACUGUGGCCAACUCCAGGAAACACCAGGAGUUUGCCGGAAGGAUCAGCUCUGUGAACAACAAGGCAGAGUUAUACCAGCACCUUAAAGAUGAGAAUGGAAUGGACCUCCACGAGAAUGGGAAAGCCACCAGAUGAUGUGACCUGUCUCUGUACAGGAUGCACCCACUCCACCGAACACCUUACCACAGCAGGAAUAUGAGCUUGGACCAGACAUCAUGUCAAUCUGAGGUGUAUGGACUGUCUUCCCCUACUCUGUCCAUACCAGGCAUAGAUUAAAUGGGUAGCAGUCAGACUUUGUAAUUUUUAGAGUGAUUUUUGUUUGUUUUUCUACCCACGUUUGUAUGGAUAGGCUCACAUAUUGUGUGAAGCAAUAAAGUUUGGUCAACAGGCAGUAUU